GAUGUUUACCACUCGUUGCACUUCCGGGUUGCUCACUCCGUUAUCUCAGACCAAACAAAACCACAAACUUAUGACAAUGACAGUAUUAGCAUAGCCCGCAUACUUGCGUAACAUGAAGAGCAUACUUUUAUUUGCGCUUUUCGCUCCUUGUUGGGUCAACAGCGCCAUUAAAUCAAGAAUUUCUACAGAGGAGGAACGUGAGAAAAAGCCCGAAUACGAUGCACUAAAUUCCAUCCUGUCAGAUUAUGAGGUUCUGCCAUCGUCAGGCCUCCAGCUGCACUCUGUCAGGAAGAGGGAUGUCCACACCCAGUCCCACCUGGAGCGACUGGUGAGCUUCAGAGCUCUGCACAGAAAUUUCAAGCUUUACUUGACCACCAAUACAGACCUCUUCACUGACAACUUUAAAGCUGUAUUUGUUGAUAAGCAUGGAAGGGAAAAGAACUACGACGUCCAGCUUCAAAACUAUUUCAAUGGCCACGUCGUUGGAGAAGAAAAUUCACGUGUGCAGGCACACAUAGAUGGAGAUGAGUUUUCUGCUCACAUACUAACUGAUGAAGCUGAGUACAAUGUUGAGCCCCUGUGGAGGUUUACAAAUUCUCCAACUGAUGGUAGGCUGCUAGUGUAUCGCUCCGAUGACAUCAAGAACCUGAGCCGCAUUGCCUCUCCAAAAGUGUGUGGUUAUAUGCAUGCACAGGCUACAGACCUGUUGCCACAAACGGCGAGAAGGGAUUGGCAGGAGCAGGAGCAGGUGGACCAAGGAAAGGACUUCCAUCAGAGAGCGAAGAGACAAGUCCACGACCAUAAGAAGAACACAUGUCCCCUGCUGUUGGUGGCAGACUAUCGCUUUUUUAGACACAUGGGCCGUGGACAAGAGAGCGUCACCCUCAACUACCUGAUUGAGCUGAUUGAUCGAGUCGAUGACAUUUACCGGAACACAACUUGGGAUGAUGAGUUUAAAGGCUAUGGAGUUCAGAUCCACCAGAUAAUUAUCAACAAGGAGCCUACGAAGCCUCCACCCGGCUGCCAUCCUAUCAGCUGGGUCCAUUAUAACAUGGAGAACAGCUCGACAGGACAGGAGGCCUGGGAUGUAAAGAAACUUCUGGAGCAAUUCAGUGCUGACAUAGCUGACAACGCCUCCACUGUAUGUCUGGCCCACCUGUUCACCUACCAGGACUUCGCAGAGGGGACGCUGGGGCUGGCCUACGUGGCCCCAUCUAAACCUCAUGCUCUGGGCGGACUCUGCCCUCGACCAUACUACCCAUCUGCCUCUGCCAAGAAACCCAGUUACCUCAACACAGGCCUGACCAGCACCAAGAAUUACGGCAAAACCAUCUUAACAAAGGAGGCAGAUUUGGUGACCACUCAUGAGCUGGGACAUAAUUUUGGAGCAGAGCAUGACCCUGACAACAUUCGUUUCUGUGCUCCCACUGACGACCAGGGUGGGAAGUUCGUCAUGUACCCUAUUGCUGUGAGUGGAGACCACGUCAACAAUAAGCGUUUCUCCAACUGCAGCAAGACCUCCAUAGGAAAAACGCUGCGUUUUAAGGCUCCUGUGUGCUUCAAAGAGAGGAACAGCAAGGUAUGUGGGAACUCUCGGGUGGAGGAAGGGGAGGAGUGUGACCCGGGGCUACUUCACCUCAAUGAUGACCUAUGCUGCACAUCGGAUUGCAAGUUCAAACCUGAUUCUCAGUGCAGUGACAGAAACAGCCCGUGCUGCAGGAAUUGCAAAUUUGAAUUGGCAGGAACACGGUGUCAGGAGGCAAUCAAUGCUACAUGUAAAGGCAUAUCCUCCUGCACAGGCAACAGCAGUAAAUGUCCACCCCCUGUAAAUGCCGACGAUGGCACUGUGUGUGUCGACAACGGCAGGUGUCGCAGCGGAGAAUGCAACCCUUUCUGUGAGGCCGAGCAGAACCUUCAGUCAUGUGCCUGCAACGAAACCGAGGAUUCCUGUAAAGUGUGCUGUAGAAAAAAGGAUGGCACCUGCUCUCCCUUUGUCCAGGCCAAUGGAAGUUUUCUAUACCUUCGCAAAGGAAAACCCUGCACUGUGGGAUUCUGUGACGAGACUGGAAAGUGCAUGAAGCAGGUGCAGGAUGUGAUCGAGAGGCUGUGGGAUUUCAUCGAUAAAUUGAACAUCAACACAUUUGGGAAGUUCCUGGCUGAUAACAUCGUCGGCUCUGUUGUUGUGUUUUCCCUCGUCUUCUGGAUUCCUUUAAGUAUCCUGGUGCAUUGUGUGGACAAAAGGCUUGAUCAGCAGUUUGAGGAGAACACCAAGUCCUUCUACUACCCUCCAAGUCAGAUGGUGGAAGUUUGUAAUAGAGCUCCCGCCAUAGAGUCAAGACAUGCUGAGCAACCUCGAGUCAACAUCCGUGCGCAUCGUCAAGCCUCCUCAGCCUCCCUCCUCCUCCGCAGGCCGGACCGCGCCCUCCUCCCUGCCCCCGCUGAACCAGGCCGGGGCGCCUCGCGUGGCCAGCAGCAGUACCCAGGCCCCAGGUCCGAACUACGUCCCCACCCCGGACAGCGCCGGGGGACCGCGGAUGGCCACAAUCCAGGAGGACACCAGCAGCGACUCUCACCAGGGCGAGGAGGCCCCGCCAGAAGAUUCCACAACCGCAGGAGCCUCCUCGUUGGCUACGAAAUCCUCCUUCGAGGAUCUGACAGAACCGAACCCAACAGCCAGGGACAGACGGCGCCUCAAGAGGCAGGAGUGCAUUGACACUAAAGAGACUGAGUGCUGAGAGUUGACCAACAGUCACUCUGGUCUCAAACACAUACAACCUGCCAUGUAUUUUAGGGAACAUGCAAAUAGACGCAGCAUCAUAUCAGUUUUACAUAUUAAAAAAGGCACAACCAGAAAAUGUAGAAAGGCAAUAGCACACAUGUACACACCUGAGGAUAACAGAGGAGUCAAACACUAGAUCUGGAUCAAAUUCAGUCAGUUGUAAGGGACUGAAAUCUGUACACCACUGCUAUUAAAAUAGCUACUCAGUGAUUUGAUGUCAUGUGCUUGUGGUGAAAUAAAGCUGUGCCUUGUUUAGUUUCAAGCCCCUUUUUCGCAGACCAAUCGCGGGCCGGUUCCCCAAACACACUGUAGGAACAAAAAGACACAAAUCAUGAGGUUCUGUUAGCUUUGUCCACUGUAAUUUUUUUUUUAAAGUGAGAUUUUUUUUCUUUACUAAACACAACCUAUUUAAAGCCUCUGUCUCGUUUGCUUCAUAUAUUGAAAUCUUUCAGUCUGAUGAAUUCAGUUUAAGUUGCUUUCAGAACUAUGGACAUUAAACUUGUUUGUACUUUGCAUCAUAAGUGCACUAAAAGUAUUGUUCACAUCACUGGAGGAUUAUGUUUUAUAAAUGUUAACUUUGCUGUGACUACAAUAUUUCUUUUACCCCUUCGUGCUUAAAACGCAACAAUUUAAAACUGUGCAAGGUUCAGUUGGUAAUCUCAGUGUUAAAUGUAAUUCAGCUGAUGAAAUAACAUAAUUGAACUUUAUUUAUUUUAAUCUUCUGCGUGAUGACAUUCUGUGUGUUUGACCCCUGUACAAAGAAAAGUUGUGCCUUGUCUAAUUUUGUGCCUGACUUUUUCCAAUCGAUUUACUUUGCUGUGAAAAUUCCCAGUUGAUGAAGUCAUACCUUGACAUAUUCCAUUUUUUUCCCCCAGAAGAAAUAUUUCGAGGUGCUCAGAUGUUACUUUCCACAUCAUCUUUUACCCGUUUCAUUCAUGCACUUCUCUCACGUCUGUCUCACCACUGUUGCCUGUUGUGCCAUAUGUUAAAGGUGUAAAAAGUAUAUUUAACUGUAGGUCAUGUAUCUAACGUUGAUUGUGCUGGAUGGAUGUGAACUGUUACAAUUAACAGAUGUGGGUCAUAUAUAAAAUUCUAUGUAUAUUAAUGUUUCUAUGCCUGUGAUUUUUAAGUUACUUGUUCACGCACAUCUUAAUAAAAACUUUAUUGUGCAUUUUGAA